UCUCGCACGACCUCCAGCACCUAGAGACCACGUUAUAUAAGAAGGUAAUCAGACAGCGGUCCGCUCAGUCGCGUCUUGGAGCCGGUGCAAGGAGGCGACUCGCCUGCGCAGGGGAGGGAAGGCCAUGGCAGACCGUGACCGCAUCGACGAUAUCCUUUCGGCGGUUGGGUAUGGCCGCUGGCAGAUACCCAUAUUAAUGGCUACCAUUGUAGCCAACACCAUUCCCCUGCACUACAUGGCCUCCUCGCUGCUGAAUGCCCCCAUGUCCUUCCGCUGCUUUGCGCCGGGGAGCUCCAACUCCUCCAAUUCGUCCUUCAGCGAGUUGGACAGCCUGGACAACGCCUGGUUCAACAACGAGUGCCUAGACCCUCAAGACAACGCCCACCUCGCAGACUCCGCCCACCUCGCCCACCUCGCCCACCCCGCCCUCAACCCCGUCGGGCCGCCCAACCGCCGUGCCACCGGGCUUCCCGCUUGCCCUGAGAUCGAGUAUGACUCCUCAGUCUACUCCCUUACUGUCAUCUCGGAGCAUGGGUCGCAAGAAGGCCAUGCAGAUCGGGUGUCUGCUGGGUCUGCCUUCGUGCCUGGCCGUGGCGUUUGUCCCGUGGUUCCCCGUCGUGCUGGCGCUGAGGUUCGCCAUGGGGAUCUCGGUGAGGAUGGUCAUGCUGUCCACCAUCAACCUCGGUUCGUGAAGGAGUCGCCCCGUUGGCUCGUGCAGAGCGGGAGCGGCAGGGAGGCGGCGGCAGAGCUGGCGGAGGCUGCCAGGAAGAACCGCGUCGAGCUCCCCUCCCACCUCGCGUCUUACCUAGAGAAGAUGAAGGAGGAUACCUGCGGGUUAUCCGGCGGCGAGAAAGAAAAGGUAGCGCUGAAGCAGCUCUUCGCCGCGUCCUUCAGCAGCUAUGGCGAAUACCUGCGCUCACCUGCUAUGCUGAUCAUCAUUUUCAUUACACCUCUGAUGUAUUUCCUUAUGUGUCUCCUCUACUAUGGAAUCAUCCUCAACGUUAACAAUUUUACGAGCACGAAUCCCUUCCAGUACAUAGCCAUGUUAAGCGUGUUUGAGAUCGUGUCGGUGCUGCUGGCACGCCCGUGAACCAGCUGGUCGGCCGCCGCCACGUGAUCGGGUCGACGCUGCUCCUCGCCGGGGCGCUCUUC